CAGGCACUUAGCAGUUAGCUCAUUAGGUGCUCGGGCCAACUGUGAAAUCGGUUUGAAACCAAAAUAAAGCCAGUUUAUAUUCAACAGAAAACGUGUUUACGUAAUACAUUAAAACCGUCUGUUCGUUUACUCGUAUUUAAUGUCCACAAGUAAUAUGAACGUGUCGAGUAAGACGUGUAGUUAGUUAACGUCAGCUCAAGAAAUGCUAACGACUGCGGCUUGCUAACCCAGCUAACAGGUAAACAUGCGGCCACACACUAGUUCAAAUACCGUCAAACGAGUCGGAAGUUAACGGGAGACGUGGCGUGAGGAGCCGUGCGGGCCGAGGGGAUGAAGAAGUGGAACUGGCGAGACGGGCAGCGACCACACAGGCGACGAGGGGCCGGUCAGCGCCAAGGAUGGUACAGAGGCAACCGACACCGGUCCUCACAGGACGAACAGCGCACUGGACACAAUAAUGCACGGCCACCCUCGAGAGCACCUCAGAGGAGGUUGGAGAACCAGUCCGCCUCCUCCUCGUCCCCUUCCUCCCCCCCACCGUCCUCUUCCUCCUCUCAGACCAGCAAUGCUGCUCCAGAGCUGCCUGGUUUCUACUUCGACCCUGAGAAGAACCGCUACUUCCGCCUGUUGCCCGGACACAACAACUGUAACCCGCUGACCAGGGAGAUGUUGCAGAAGAAGGAAAGAGAGCAGCAGAGAAACAAGAUGCUCGCAGAGGAUGAAAAGCCCAGAAAAAAAGCACCAAGAACCGGACUGAACACUUUGCUGCUGCUGCAGAAGAGACACCUCGGCAUGCUACCGGAGCACUCUUACAGCAGGCUGGUCCACGAGGUGAAGGUCAGUGGAAUGAAACGCCACAAACUGGAGAUCCAAAGCACGGACAGCAGCAACCCCGACACGGACAACUUCCGCCUCAUCGUGGGGGACUCUGCAUGCGAGCGCGUGUUCACAGUCAACGACGUGUCACAUGGCGGCUGCAAGUACGGCAUCAUGAACUUCAGCAGCAGCAGCCGGGGAUCUUUGUCCGUGGAGAUGUGCGACAACCUCUACUUCACCAACCGCAAGGUGAAUUCCAUCUGCUGGGCCUCGGUCAACUACCCGGACUCACACGUCCUGCUGUGCCUGGUUGGAGCAGCAGACACCCCCGGCUGCGUCAGUUUGCUUCCUGCUUCCCUUUUCAGCAACUCCAACCCAGAUCAGCCCGGGAUGCUGUGCAGCUUUAAGAUCUCCUCAGCCUGGUCUUGUGCUUGGUGCCUCAACCCCCAGUUUGACAAGACCUUCAGCACUGGUCUCUCUCGUAGGGUGAUCGUGAAAGAUGCCGAGACGGGCCGGACGCAGACGUACAGCACCGGCAGCGACGUCUUGGCUCAGCAGUUUGCCCUGAGAGUCCCCGUGCUGUUUAACGGUUGCCGAUCAGGGGAGAUCUUCAGCCUGGACCUGCGUCAGCGAAGCCGCCGAGGUCAAAGCUGGAAGGCCAGCCGCUUCCACCAAGAGUCGGCCAUCACGUCCGUACGCGUCCUCCAGGACGACAACUACCUGCUCGCCGCUGACAUGCUGGGCCAGAUUAAGCUGUGGGAUGUGCGAGCGACAAAGCCAGUACAGGAGUACAAAGGGCACCACAAUGAGCAUGCCUACCUUCCUAUCCAAGUCAACGAGCCUGAGGGGCUUUUGUUGGCAGUCGGUCAGGAUUGCUACACGCGGUUAUGGAGCUUAAAGGAUGGCCAGCUGCUGAGGACUAUCCCAUCCCCCCAUCCGGCCGCAAACGACCUGAUCCCCAGCGUGGUCUUCUCCUCCAAGCUGGGGGGGUGCAGGGGGCUCCCUGGCCUGCUAAUGGCCGUCAAACACGACCUUUACUACUUCCCUUACAACACGGACUACCAGGAAGCAGCGGAGCAGCCGGGAAACGUCUCCUAGGAAAAGAUUGGGAACUCUUCUUCUCACUGAUCAUUUCUUAAGGGAACCAUGUUUUUUUUUUUUUGCCAACUUUAUGGAUGGUGUUCUAUUUCAUAUGUAUUCUGUAAUAGAAAAGGUUUUCGUCAGUAUGCCGUUAAUUUCCACAAGGCAGCACUGAACUUUGACCUCAGAGGAGAAGCAAUGGAGUCUCAGGGGAAUGUUACUUUUUGACCCACUUUGUGCCGAAAGGUGGAAGCGCCACAUGAGUGCGUACAAUUACUCGUUUUCUGAAAUCUUUACAAAGCAAAGUGCUCUUACUGAUGGCGUGAUUGAGUUUGAUUUUUGACAUGAUUCAGGACGUCUCUGAUCCCAAUUUUAAAAGCAAUAUUUUAUAUCAGCACAUUUUCGUAUUGCCGUUCAAUGAAGAUUCUAUUUAAAAAGAA